UACAAGAGAGUAACACGCACUAGUGAUAUUUUACGAAUUUUCGUAUUCCUGACCUGUUUGUUUAAUUUUUCUUGUGUGGGAAGCUGACAGUGACGCAGAUGAAGUAAGGAAGCGUCAUGGCAAGCAUUGCACGUGUAGACUUUAGCUUGUUGGAUAUUCUUGUCUGUUUCAAGGCGUCGUCUAGAGAGAAAAUAUUGGCUCAUUGAAAGGUUUAUCAAGCGAGAGUGGUUUGCACUUUGGGGGGGGGACAGCCCCUGGUGAUUGAGCUUGUGUGUCCUUGGAAUGGUAGUAAACAUCAAGCAGGAAGAACACUAUAAAUUACCACUAUAAGAUCUAGUAAAAGACCAUCUUUGUUAUUUGCCAAAGUGGAAAAUUCUCACGCCAAUCUACCUUUCCACUUCAGAGCUUCAGUAGUAGUGAUGGCACCAAAGAUUGAAGGGAUAGACAACGAGAGUGGUGAAGACUCUUCUAAUGGGAGCUCAACCUCUCGUCGGCCAAUCAAAAGUACUGAGGAAUACCGGAAGCGUCGUGAGCGCAACAACCAGGCUGUAAAAAAGUCACGCAUGAAGACAAAAAUGAAGACCCAACAAAUGGUGGAAAAGGUCACACAAUUAAAGAAUGAAAAUGAGGAACUAGAAGAGAACAUAAAGAUCCUCAAUAAAGAAUUAGACAUGCUUAAGUCUAUUUUUGUUGCUCAUGCAGGAAAUGCUCAUGGUGUGCAAGUGAAUGAUGCUGAGUUAAGCAGGAUGCUGGGCGGGAGCCCUGAGGUGGAUGAAGGUGCGUCCCUCUUGAUGAGCCUUUCCCAGGCCCCCCCCCAUAACUUGGCUUAAACAAAAGCCUCACAUGAACCAAUGACAACACACAAGCCUUCAUGGAAGCUCUUCCAAGUGAGGCAGUAAUUGAUCUCUGAUGCAUAGUCUUGUUCUUUUCCAGCAACAAAAGCACAAGAACCAAAAUUACUUAGUCAAGUUUACUAAGUAGUAAAGCUCAAGAAUAUUUUAAGUAUUGUUUCCCAUGGAAAUACUUGUAUGAUUAAUUGGCUGUGUAAGGCUGGAAAAUAAAAUAUUAUGCACAGCUAUCAUAAAGCCAUACCUAUUGUACCUGGAUACAUUGUCACAGCAUCUCUUGUGACUGCUUCAAAUUUUACAUUGUCAGUGUUACAGUAUUGUGGCUUCACUGAAUUUGUCAUAUAUAAUGACUGACUUUAGACUUCUUCCAUUAAUAUUCCUCUUCUUAUGGGUAUCUCUGCCAUGCAGUGCUUAAUGACCCUCAUGGGUUUUGCACUUUCAUGAAUAUUAUUCUAUUAAUAUUGUGAAACUAAAAUGUUUAGAACUAAUGUUGUAAUGGCAUUUUCUUUUACAGAUUAAGUGCCAAUAUUAUAAUUCUUAAAGGAAAUUAAUUGAGUGCUAUAUAUAUUAGGAUCUCCAAAUAGCCCAUAUAUGAAACGGUUCUGCCUUCUAAUGCUCUCUCUACUUCACAAGUCACUUUUUAAAGAUAAAGCUUUUUAUAUUAGUUUACAGUACGUAUACAAAUUUGUGAUGUCCAGAAUGGCUGGUUAAUAUUCUUACUUCAUUUAUUUAUAUGAACAAAACAUUAAAAAAAAAAUGCUUUUGCAGUGUUUACCAAUGACCACUGGGUUUGUAUUUAAAUGCUGUAUGCCAUUACUUUUAGUAAAGGUUUAAGUAUGACUUAUAAAUUUUUGCAGGCAUCAUAUUUUACUCAGGGGACCCAGCAACCUAAGUGGUGAACCUCAUUCUUCUCCAUUACAUUAAAUAUUUCAAUCCUUGAGAAAUUAUAAUAAAAUGCUAGUGUUUAGGAAUUAAGAAUGCUUCUUGAAAAAAAAAAGUCUUGCAUACCACCUUCAGCUACACUGAAUGAAAUGGCAUAUUGCCAAGUAUAAAGAUGAAGUUGAAGAAUAAGCUUUUAUUUGGUCAAGGUUUCACUGUUUAGAGCUUGUCGCUAUAAGAAACACCCCAAUAAAUGCUUGUUCUGUAACUAUUAUUGAACUUCAUUAACAUGGAAUUAUACGUGCUCGCAAAUUACUUGUAGUAUUACUGAAGCAAGGGAAUGAUGAUUGCCAUUUCAUUACUUCAUGACAUUUAAACUGGGAUGAUCAUUGAUAAUACAUUAAUAGUAUAUUAAUAAUGAUCCUGUUCAUGAAAAAAGGGCCUUAAUGUCCAACACUUAAGGAAGUACAAACUACCAACACAGUAAUUAGAAGUCAUAGUUGCCCCAUUUUUUUAUACAUAAACAGUUUAGUUCAGUGCACCUUCACCAAUAUCUUUAAGAGUUUCAUUAAUACACUGGGAAAUUUGUUAGAGUAAAAUGUGUUGUAUUAUGUAACUAGUAAAUGCAUGGAGUCUUGCUACUUAGCACCUGCAUUGUUGUGUACAUUUAGCUUCAAGCCUGUUACUGGGUGUGUGUGAUUCUUUGCCAUAUUAAAACACAAAAUAUAGUCUUUUGAGUUUGGGUUUUGGUAAGAUUAGUGGUCAUAUUUUCACCUUUUAUUUCAAAAAAGUUUUUAGUGCCCCAGAUGCUCAGAGAACCAGAAUUUUUUAUUUCAUAUAUUCUAUAGAAUGUGGAGUUGCAAAACUCUCUUAAGUGUUUGUGGGAAUCAUGAUUUUAAAACUAAAAUGUUUUUUUAAAUAUUGUCUAAAGUACAAAGUAAACAACUUUCACAA